AUCGGCAUAUGUGAUUGAUAGCUGUAUAUAACCACAUACGAGUACCGCUGCUUCUAGUCCUAGUAUUGUUCUCAAGACCUCAGCAAGACUAGCGAGAGAGAGAGAGAGAGAGAGAGAGAGAGAGAGGAGGUGGGAAUGGACCUUUCUCCUCUGCCUUCUCACUCCAUUUAGACCACUUCCCAAAACCCCUUUCUCUCUCUGUUAUUCUUUCUCCAAAUUUCCCUCCAAACCCAGAAAGGGAGAGUGAAUUUUGAGGCAGAAUCAUGGAAACCAGAUCAGCCACCAAGUGGGUUCUUGCUCUCUGCUUUGCAUUUGUUCUGGGGUUUGAGCUCAUCCAGUGUAGCGUCACCUACGACAGGAAGGCCAUUGUCAUCAAUGGACAGAGAAGAAUCCUCUUCUCUGGCUCCAUGCAUUACCCCAGGAGCACUCCUGAUAUGUGGGAAGAUCUCAUACGCAAGGGUAAAGAAGGAGGUCUGGAUGUAAUUGAGACAUAUGUUUUCUGGAAUGUCCACGAGCCUUCUCCUGGCAAUUAUAAUUUUGAAGGGAGAUAUGACCUAGUUAGGUUCAUUAAGACCAUCCAGCAAGCAGGUCUCUACGCUCAUCUUCGCAUUGGGCCUUAUGUUUGUGCAGAAUGGAACUUUGGUGGAUUUCCUGUUUGGCUAAAGUAUGUUCCAGGCAUAAGCUUCAGGACAGACAAUGAGCCUUUCAAGAUGGCUAUGCAGGGGUUCACUGAGAAAAUUGUCAACUUGAUGAAGAGUGAAAAUCUGUUUGAGUCCCAGGGUGGCCCCAUCAUUCUCUCACAGAUUGAGAAUGAGUAUGGGCCUCAAGCUAAGGCACUUGGAGCUGCAGGCCAUGAAUACGUGAACUGGGCCGCAAAUAUGGCGGUCGGUUUGGGAACCGGGGUCCCGUGGGUGAUGUGCAAAGAAGAAGAUGCCCCAGAUCCUGUGAUAAACACAUGCAAUGGCUUCUACUGUGAUACCUUUUCUCCAAAUAAACCUUACAAACCUACAAUAUGGACGGAGGCUUGGAGUGGAUGGUUUACGGAGUUUGGCGGCCCAAGUCACGAGAGGCCAGUUCAAGAUUUGGCAUUUGCAGUUGCUCGAUUCGUACAAAAGGGAGGAUCAUUUUUUAAUUACUACAUGUACCAUGGAGGGACCAAUUUCGGACGCUCUGCUGGUGGCCCUUUCAUAACGACCAGCUAUGACUAUGAUGCUCCACUUGAUGAAUACGGUUUGAUAAGGCAACCAAAAUAUGGUCAUUUAAAGGAACUCCACAGGGCAAUUAAGCUUUCCGAACGAGCUUUAGUUUCAUCAGAUCCCAUUGUCACCUCUCUAGGAAGUUUUCAACAGGCUCAUGUAUAUUCUUCAGAAGCAGGAGAUUGUGCAGCUUUUCUCUCUAACUACGAUACCAAGUCUUCUGUGAGAGUGAUGUUCAAUAACAUGCACUAUAAUUUGCCUCCUUGGUCCAUCAGCAUCCUUCCUGAUUGCAGGAACGUUGUUUUCAACACUGCCAAAGUCGGAGUUCAAACAUCACAGAUGGAAAUGCUGCCAAGCAAUGCUGAGAUGUUCUCGUGGGAGACUUUUAAUGAAGAUACAUCUUCCCUGGAUGACAGCUUAUCAUUCACUACUCUUGGUCUCAUGGAGCAGAUAAAUGUCACCAGGGAUACUAGUGAUUAUCUUUGGUACAUAACCAGUGUUGACAUUGGUUCGUCAGAAGCCUUCUUGCGCGGUGGUGAACUGCCUACUCUCAUAGUGCAGUCAACAGGUCAUGCUUUGCAUGUGUUCAUAAAUGGACAACUUUCAGGGUAUGCAUUUGGAACAAGGGAGAAUAGGAGAUUUACAUUUACAGAAAAGGUGAACUUGCGUGCUGGAACAAACAGGAUCGCACUCCUCAGUGUAGCUGUUGGAUUGCCAAAUGUUGGAGGACAUUAUGAGACAUGGAGCACAGGAGUCUUAGGUCCAGUUGCACUCCAUGGUCUUGACCAGGGGAAAUGGGACUUGUCGUGGUCCAAAUGGACUUACCAGGUUGGGCUGAAAGGAGAGGCCAUGAAUCUUGUUUCUCCUUCUGGUAUAUCUUCUGUUGACUGGAUGCAAGGCUCUUUGAUCGCACAAAAACAGCAGCCAUUAACUUGGCACAAGGCUUAUUUCAAUGCUCCUGAUGGAGAUGAGCCACUAGCUUUGGACAUGGGGAGUAUGGGGAAAGGUCAAGUAUGGAUAAAUGGUCAGAGUAUCGGAAGAUAUUGGACAGCAUAUGCUACUGGUAAUUGCAAUGGGUGCAGCUAUUCGGGGACGUUUCGACCUCCAAAAUGUCAGCUUGGCUGUGGUCAGCCAACUCAACGCUGGUAUCAUGUGCCCCGGUCAUGGUUAAAGCCAACACAGAAUCUUUUGGUACUUUUUGAGGAACUUGGAGGGGACCCCACAAGAAUUUCUCUGGCGAAGAGAUCGGUAACCAGUGUUUGUGCCGAUGUCGCGGAAUAUCACCCUAUGAUAAAGAAUUGGCAAAUUGAAAGCUAUGGAAAAACUCAAGAAUUUCACAAACCAAAAGUGCACUUGCGAUGUGGUCCAGGCCAGUCCAUUUCUUCCAUCAAAUUUGCAAGCUUUGGAACUCCUUUGGGCACUUGUGGGACUUUCCAGCAAGGAACUUGCCAUGCUCCUGCCUCAUAUUCCACCCUAGAGAAGGUAAUCACUGUGAUUACGUGUCUUAUGGACAUUAAUAGUACAAUUUACCUUAAGUUUAUUGGUUGGGUUUUUAUCAUAUUAUCCACUUGUAUUAUAUUACAGAAAUGCAUAGGGCAGCAGAGAUGCUCAGUGGCCAUAUCAAACAGCAAUUUUGGGCAAGACCCAUGUCCAAAUGUGUUAAAGCGGUUAACGGUCGAAGCGGUUUGUUCCCCAACAACUUCUACAACCAUUCAACCCAAUUCAAGGGGUUAGGUAAAGAUUGAUACGGGCACUUCAAAAAUUUGGAGCUAGUAAAUUGACUAUACGUAUCAGCAAAAGAAGCAAGAAAGAAUGAAUAAAGGGAAAGGUACAGUGAAAGGUUUAUUAGUUAAUGUUGAUGAAUGCCCAGGCUGUGUAUGUGUGCUAGAGGUAGGUAGUCUUUUAAGUUAAGGGGGCUAAAUGGGCCUCUGUUUCGUAGUGAUAUCAAAUUAGUUUGUAGAGUCGGGCUUUUCCCCGACCACAUGAAAAAGAGGGGCUUUGCCGUUCUGGGCCCCCGUGAAGGAUUUCAAGCCUGAUCCCCGGCCUUUUAACCGGAAAUGGGCUACCGGUUGAAGAAGUGGUUUCUAUUUGGCGAUACAAUCUGUGGUUUAUUAGUUUGUUUGUUUGUCAAAUUUGGGGGGAUAGCAAACCCUAACUUGGUUCAUGUUGGGAGUGGAUCCUAGCAUGACUUGGUAGUUUCUUAUUUGCAGCUCGCUGUCUUUCGAGUUCCUGUUUGUAUUACAGAAAAGCAAUCCUAUCCGUUUCACAAUUGUGGUUCCAAA